AGGCCCGAAACGUCAGCCUCUCUGCUCCUAUGAUGCUGCUUGGCCUGCUGUGUUCAUCCAGCCCUGCACCUUGUUGUCAGUGGAAAAAUGCUUUUGGUUUAGCACUCAAACCACCCUACCUGAAACACCAGGAGGAUGGCAUAGAGAGGACAGAGGUGGCUGCUAAAGAAACGACUCGUGCAAUGGAAGCUGUUAACACUAAUAGCUCAGAACCGUCGAAUAUAACCCUCAUAUUUGAAAAGUUUUUCAUAGAGUUUUACAAAGAUUAUACGGCUCAACAAAAGCAGGCAGCGGCUUUGAAAAAAACACUCCAGGAAGAAGAAUUCAAAUUUGCUUAUUUGUACAUACUGGUGAUGUUUGGUAUCUUCACCUUUAUUAUCAUAACAAUGCUGGCCAGCACUGUGCGAUCCAGAAGGCAAGAGCACACGGAAGACCCAUACCACACCUACAUAGUGAAUGAUGCAAGGAAAUGGAGGGGACAAAAGGCUUUAAAAUCAGACUUUAAGGAGUUCUAUAUCAAUGAAACUGUAGUCAAGGCUCUGCAGAAUCUGUCGGACCAAGAUGAAACAGUAACAGUCCAAAAAAAUUAUGGCUAGCAACAAAUGUUUCUUGAUGAAGAAAUAAUCCUCUUAAAAAAUAAAUUGAAAUAUGAAACGUA